AGACUGGACAUGCUGGGCGCUCCCAGGUGGGUCCAGACCCGCCCCUCCUCAGCUUCCUAUAAGUGCUGGGAACCAGGGACUGCUGGGUCACACACCAUGAGGCCCUCCAUGGCACCGAGUGCCUUCCCGCUGGCUUUCACGCUGCUCUGCACCCUGCUGCGUCUGGGGUGCCCCCUAAGCUGCGAGGUGUGCAGGGGCUCCGGGACCACGUGCAGCGGGAAAAUGAAGACUUGCGAGGCCGGCAAGGACGCCUGCGUGGCCAUCGUGGGGGAGUCGAGCACCAAGGGCCGCCACUCAGUGAACACCUACAAGGCCUGCAUGAAGUUCAGCGACUGCUACUCGGGUUUCGUAUCCACCACCAUGGGUCCCAAGGACUACAUGGUGACCAACACAUACUGCUGCCAGAGUGAUGGCUGCAACAACGGCUCAGUGACCCCUCCCCAGAACAAUCGGACUGAGAAUGGCCUCCAGUGUCCUGCGUGCAUCGUACCCUUCCAGGAGACGUGCCCAGGGACCCAGGCAGCCCGCUGUGUUGGCGAGGAAACCCACUGCAUCUACUUCGCUGGCAAUGUGCAGGCUGGUAUCAUCAACACCAGGUUUGCCACCCGAGGCUGUGCUACAGAGAGUGCCUGCAACACCAAGCCUGGGGCCGAGGUGCCCUCAGCCUCCUAUCUCUACUUCCUCCGCCGAGCAGACUGCCUUCCAGCCCCCCAGCCCCCUGGCAGGGCCGAGUGAAGAACUGAGGAGUGUGUGGCUUGAGGUCCCCAUUUGUCCUCAGCCUGUGUGCCUAUAAAUUAAACAGAUUAACUGAGCAA